UUUUCGUCUUCCUUCCUAGUUUCUAUAUUGGAAUUGGCAAGAAAAACAAAAAAAUCUUGUCUACUCUCAAACAAAAGGCGAUCACUUCUCCCCACUCCAGCCACCGUAGCAGUCGAAUGUCCUCCACCGGCUCCGAUAUGGACAACUCCGUCUCCGGAAAUCCUCAAGAUGUGGUUGUGCCACCAGUUGAAGGUGUUGCUGGAGGCGGUACAGCUUAUGGGUGGAAUGAUGGUGGCACAAAUGGUUUGAAUCAGCUCAAGGGAUCAAUUGACCCUACAGAAAUUCCAACUAGGGAUUUAGUGCAUGUAUGGUGCAUGCCAAGCACAGCAAACGUUGGACCUCAAGAUAUGCCUAGACAUUUGGAACCUAUAAACCUGCUGGCAGCUAGAAAUGAGAGGGAGAGUGUACAAAUAGCUAUCCGACCAAAGGUUUCGUGGGGUUCUGGUGUUGCAGGGACUGUACAGGUUCAGUGUAGUGACCUAUGCUCCGCUUCUGGAGACAGACUGAUUGUUGGGCAGUCACUCCUGUUGCGGCGGGUUGUGCCCAUUUUAGGUGUGCCUGAUGCUCUUGUGCCCCUUGAUCUUCCAGUUAGUCAAAUAAACCUAUUUCCAGGAGAGACUACUGCUCUUUGGAUAUCCAUUGAUGUUCCUAGUGCUCAACCCCCAGGACAAUAUGAUGGAGAGAUUCUCAUUUCUGCUAUAAAAGCAGAUGCAGAAUCUCCUGUUCAAAGUUUAAGCAAGGUUGAGAAACAUCAAUUGUAUAGGGAGCUUAAGGGCUGCCUUGACAUUGUUGAGCCCGUUGAUGGAAAACCAUUAGAGGAAGUGGUUGAAAGGGUGAAAUCUGCAACUACAUCUCUAAGAAGGAUUCUUGUGUCUCCAUCAUUUUCUGAAUUCUUUUCAGAUAAUGGGUCAGUAGAUGUAAUGGAUGAGGAUGCCAUUUCAAGCCUCUCUCUACGGGUGAAGUUAAAUCUGACUGUUUGGGAAUUUGUACUUCCUGAAACUCCUUCGCUUCCUGCUAUUUUUGGUAUAUCUGAUACUGUAAUUGAGGAUCGCUUUGGUGUUCAACAUGGAACAGCGGAGUGGUAUGAGGCAUUGGAUCAGCAUUUCAAAUGGCUUCUUCAGUAUAAAAUCAGCCCCUAUUUUUGCAGAUGGGCUGAUGGUAUGCGUGUUUUGACUUAUACAUGUCCAUGGCCAGCGGAUCAUCCAAAAUCAGAUGAAUAUUUUUCAGACCCACGCUUGGCAGCAUAUGCUGUGCCUUAUAGUCAAGUAGUCUCUGGCCACAGUAAUGAUGCAGCGAAGGAUUACUUGCAGAAACAAGUUGAGAUAUUGAGAACCAAGACUCACUGGAAAAAAGCUUACUUUUACUUGUGGGACGAGCCACUGAAUUUGGAACAAUAUGAUUCUGUUCGCAACAUGGCCAGUGAUAUUCAUGCUUAUGCUCCAGAUGCUCGUAUCUUAACUACUUACUAUUGUGGGCCGAAUGAUGCGCCUCUUGCACCUACUCCAUUUGAGGCUUUUGUUAAAGUUCCAAGUUUUCUGCGUCCUCAUAAUCAAAUUUAUUGUACAAGCGAAUGGGUUCUAGGUAAUCGAGAGGACCUGGUCAAGGAUAUUAUUGCUGAACUAAAACCAGAGAAUGGUGAGGAAUGGUGGACAUAUGUAUGUAUGGGGCCAUCGGAUCCUCAUCCAAAUUGGCAUCUGGGAAUGCGAGGCACUCAACACCGAGCUGUCAUGUGGCGAGUGUGGAAAGAGGGCGGCACAGGAUUUUUAUACUGGGGUGCCAAUUGCUAUGAGAAGGCAACUGCAGCCAGCGCGGAGAUAAAAUUUAGGCAUGGUCUUCCCCCUGGGGAUGGAGUUCUAUACUACCCCGGUGAGGUGUUCUCAACUUCUCAUCAACCAGUGGCUUCUCUUAGACUAGAGCGCAUUCUUAGUGGCUUGCAGGACAUCGAAUACCUGAGACUAUACGCUUCAAGAUAUGGCAAGGACGAAGGUAUUGCGCUUUUGGAGAGGACAGGAGUGUACUUUGGUCCCGAGCGUUACACAUUCGAGCACAUGCCAAUUGAUGCAAUGAGGGGACAAAUAUAUAAUGCCUGCCAUUCAUGAAUUUUUAUUUUGCUGAUACUGCAUGGUUCGAUUGGUUCCUUUGUCGACUGCUGCAAAAUUCAGGCCUCAGUAUCUAGCCUUCAAAGAUGCGCCACUGACGUAGUGCUGAGUGAGAUCCUUGGGUGAUUAAAUAGCUAUCACACACAGCACGCCCUGCCAUGGCAUCUCUUCUUCCCGUGUCAUUUUCUCCUCUCUCUCUCUCUAUUACACUGCACAAUUUGAAUUCUGUUGAUACGGAAUGUGAUUAUGAUAUACAUUUGGAACGUAGUUAGAUGAGAGAUCAUUUGUUCAUUGCCGAAAUGUGCCCCUCAACAGUACAUAGGAUCAAUGAUCAACUACAGUUUAGACAGAUUUCCUAGCAGUUAGGCCUACGUAUAUUUCCUUUUUCUUUUUUUUCUUUUGAUACACAGGCCUACGUAUAUUUCAACCAUGGUAGCAUAUUACAAAGUUUUUAAAACCUUACCAUGCUCAAUACACGGGAAAAGUUAGAUAUA